AUAUCUGAUUGGCUGUAGGGAGAAUUCGCUCUUAAGGUCUAUCGGCAGCGGAUUCGCUCGGGAUCGGUUUUCCCCCCUCUCUGACGCCGCAAGGUGGAUCUUUAAAAAGAAGGCUGCGAUUUCAAGGCUUACGGCCCAGGGCGCUGCAGCCGGGAGAGAUGAGUGAACUUCGGGCUCUAACUAAGACUGAAGCGCUUAGCCUCGGGCCACCCGACUGGAAGCAGGCUUGUCAUGCCCUUUUAUAUGCGCCCAACCCGGGCCGGCUUUUUGGCAAGAUCCCGUUGCGUUUCGCCGUGUUGGUGAGAACAACGUUUCACAGACAUUGCUUGGCUUUAAUCAUCUCCUCAAGAAUGCAGAUGAGGUUUGAUGGUCAGCUGGGAUUUCCAGGAGGGUUUGUGGAUCCUCAGGAUAUUUCCUUGGAAGAGGGACUAAAUCGAGAACUACGUGAAGAGUUGGGUCCCGGGGCUGCCUCCGUCCACCUGGCUGAGAAGGAUUAUUUGAGUUCCCAGGCUUCUGAGCAGCCACAGAGAGUGGUGAUGCAUUUCUACGCCAAGCAGCUUAGCUUGGAAGAGCUCCGAGUGGUAGAGGAAGGGGCUAUUCAGGCAAAAGACCAUGGAUUUGAGGUGAUGGGUCUCAUCCGUGUUCCCCUCUAUAUUUUGCGUGAUGGUGUUGGGGGCCUCCCGAUGUUCCUCAGCAAUAGUUUUAUUGGCAAUGCCCGGGAGCAGCUCAUUCAUGCCUUGGAUACUCUCCAACUCAUGCCAGCGGAACAACUUCAAAAGGCUAUCAGGAUCGCUCAAAAGAGACAUUGAGCCUCGUUGACUCUGGCUGCUGCCUUUUCAUUCUGAUGGAUUUUGGGAUGUAAUCCAGAAAGAAUUUUAGACUUUAGGCAUCUUGCAAGGAGAAGAAACUUAGAUACGGUCCUUGCUCCAGUUUUCUACCCAGCCAUCAUUGCUGGUGCUGCUGAAUAGCUUGGUACAAAGGUUGGGAGCCUGAAUGUGGAAUCCAAUGAUCAGGUUGUUGUAUAUUUAAAAUACGUUGAUUGCGUCUCUCUUGCCUAGACGUAGGUAACAAGAAUUGAAAGACUUUGACUACUCUUAUCUUCACGGAAUGUGUUUGUGAUCCGACUUCCUACAUCCUGCUUGUAGGUGUAAGAUUUCUUCCAAUCAAACAACACCCUUGCAAAAAUGGCUCUGACCUAACUCAUCUUCUGUUUUCCAACAUUUACUUUAAAUGUAUAUUGUUAUUGAAAGCAUUCUGAACUUCAUGGAAGUUGCAUUUACCUUCUCUGCAAAAGCCAACUGCAUAUAUCUGUUGAUGGAUCGUUACUUCAUUAUUUCAUUGUCAGAUUUCCUUUAUUUUUUUUAUCAGUGCUUAAAGAAUGGUUAUAACACUUUUGUAUGA